CUCUACGCUCAGAACAACACCAAACGCAGCAUUAAAGAGCGACUCAUGAAGCUCUUGCCCUGUUCAGCUGCCAAAACGUCGUCUCCUGCUAUUCAAAACAGUGUGGAAGAUGAACUGGAGAUGGCUACUGUCAGGCAUCGGCCUGAGGCCCUGGAGCUGCUGGAAGCCCAGAGCAAAUUCACCAAGAAAGAGCUUCAGAUUCUCUACAGAGGAUUUAAAAAUGAAUGCCCCAGUGGUGUUGUUAAUGAAGAAACCUUCAAAGAGAUUUACUCACAGUUCUUUCCACAGGGAGACUCUACAACAUAUGCACAUUUUCUGUUCAAUGCAUUCGACACUGACCACAAUGGAGCUGUGAGUUUUGAGGAUUUCAUCAAGGGUCUUUCCAUUUUGCUCCGGGGGACAGUACAAGAAAAACUCAACUGGGCAUUUAAUUUAUAUGACAUAAAUAAAGACGGCUACAUCACUAAAGAAGAAAUGCUUGAUAUAAUGAAAGCAAUUUACGAUAUGAUGGGUAAAUGCACAUAUCCUGUCCUCAAAGAAGAUGCUCCCAGGCAACAUGUGGAGACAUUUUUCCAGAAAAUGGACAAAAAUAAAGAUGGGGUCGUCACCAUAGAUGAGUUCAUCGAAAGUUGCCAAAAAGAUGAAAACAUAAUGCGUUCCAUGCAGCUCUUCGAAAAUGUGAUUUAACUUGUGAAAUAUUCCUCAAUCAAACAGACAAUGUGAACUGCUCUGCCACACUCAAAAGUUGGAGCUACCACUUUUAGCAUAGCAUAUGCUUUUCACUGAGGCAUAUUAUGCAAACAAGCUUCGUUUUAAUAUAAAACUAUCCCCCAAAGACUUGAGUUUCCCAGUUAUAAAUCAGCAUCCUUUUCAUAAUAACGAGUUCAUGAGAUGUUCUAAUUCAUUUCACACUCUGUGAACAUUCAAGAGUAAUAGAAUCUGGCAUAUAGUUUUGAUUCUUUAGCCAUGGGAUUAUUGAGGCUUUCACAUAUCAGUGAUUUUAAAAUAUCAGUGUUUUUGCUACUCAUUUGUAUGUACUCAGUCCUAGAAUUUUAAAUGUUUUUCUAAUAUAGUUGCAUCUACAUUUAAUUUCCAAAAAUUAAUUUAAUUUUCAUUCAACUGCAUUUAUAUAACACUAGCAAAAUUAUUACACUUAAAAAUACCAAAAACACUUAAUCCCAACUUCUCUGGCUUCCCCAUCUUCUGUUAAAAACAUUAAUUUAUCUGGCUUUUUUUAAAAAAAACAUAAUAUUUACCAAAUUAGUUUAUUACCAGAUGUCAGCAUAUGCCUAAAAAAACUUAUUUUAAAAGCA